AUGCAAAGACACCCACACACACACAAUUCCAAAUCACGCGUGGGCAAGGUUCCCUCUCCCUGCGCGUGUCUGAGUCCAAGUGUGGUUGGGAGAUCUCACACACGGACUCGGUGGAUGUUUUUGGCGGAGGACCUGAUCGCGGCAGAGCGGCAGCAGGUUGAGGCCGAAAGUGGGAAAAAAGUGUGCUGCAACAAUAAGGUAGUGGGGGGGACGGUUCGGUUAUUAUGUCCCGUUGUCGUUUGGCGGCACAAGACGAAAUGUACUGUUCGGUGCUGUUCGGUCCGUUCAUUGUCGAUGGAAGCAUUGUUGCUGUUUGUUUUGUCGUGCAUUUUACACACGGGCUUCUCAUUCUCCGUCGCGCUACCAAAAAAUACCAUCUUGUGGCGGUAUUUCACUGUGCAUUUUAUAUCGCCAGUGCCUUUUAGCUCGUUUGAAGUUGUCGUCAUUUUUGUGUUUUGUGCUUUUUGUGCAUGGGGAGGGAAACGCGUGUCUCGAUUUUGGGUUGUCGUUUGUUACGAUUCUAUGUCACGGAUUCUAACCAUAGCGCUUAUACACGGUAAUUCCAAAAAUAAUAAUAUAUAUAUAUAUAUAUAUAUAUGGGAAUGGCGGUUGACAGUCUUGUUUCAGCGUAUAAUGCACAUUACCGUUCUUGUGUAA